AUGGCUGGCAAUGGGAUGUUAUACCCAAUUCUUGGAUUUACUUCGUGUAUGGCUUUUAUUUAUAUGUCUUUUGGUGAUUUGAAGCUUAGUAGUUUCCCUAGGGAACGGGGAUUAAGUUUUGUGGAAAAGAAUGAGACUCAUUUCUUUUUAGAUGGGAAACCAUUGUACGUUAAUGGCUGGAAUUCUUACUGGUUAAUGUCCGAUUCUGUGGAGGAAAAUACUACACCUAAGGUCAGUGCAAUGCUUCAAGCUGGUGCAAGGAUGGGUCUCACUGUUUGUAGAACCUGGGCCUUUAAUGACGGUGGCUAUAAUGCUCUCCAGAUUUCCCCAGGGCAAUUCGAUGAGCGAGUUUUCAAGGCCUUGGAUUAUGUCAUUGCAGAAGCAAGGCAGCAUGGAGUCAGGCUGCUUCUGAGCUUAGUUAAUAAUUUGCAGCCAUAUGGUGGAAAGACGCAGUAUUUCAACUGGGCGUGGCAAAAUGGCAUUGGUUUGAGCUCUUCUAAUGAUUCCUUCUUCUAUGAUCCAUCAAUCCACAAAUAUUUCAAGAAUUACGUCCUGGUCAAGAAAUUCAGAGACAAGGGACACAGUCAACAACCAACUACAACUGCUGAUCAAAAAAGAGCCUUUCCUAAGCGUUCAGCUGAUGGCACCGGUGAUGGAUUUGUUACUUCCGCUAGGGUCCUCUUCAACAAUCAACGGCACAAAGCCAAACAAUUUGUGCUACGAACUAUGAGGGGUGAAGAGGAGGGCAACCAGCAGGGACAGUUGAGUGAUGGUGAUGCAUCUGCUGCAAGGUAA